CCUCACAUCCGCGUGAAAGAAAACCCUACCCCCUCCCGCACGGGCCUGCACUAUAAAGUCCCUCAUCGUCUUCCUCCUCCCGCGCCGCCACUCCCGACUCCCCGCAAAACCCUAGCUGCCCUUCGACGCCGCCGCCGCCGCCGCAUCGUCUCCAGGUAAGGAGGGGAGGGCGAGAUGGUGAAGCACAACAACGUGAUCCCCAACGGGCAUUUCAAGAAGCACUGGCAGAACUAUGUCAAGACCUGGUUCAACCAGCCCGCGCGCAAGCAAAGGCGCCGCAUCGCUCGCCAAAAGAAGGCUGUGAAGAUCUUCCCACGCCCGACAUCUGGACCUCUUCGCCCCAUUGUGCAGUGCCAGACUCUCAAGUACAACAUGAAGGCAAGGGCUGGCAGAGGCUUUACCCUUGAGGAGCUCAAGGCAGCGGGCAUCCCAAAGAAGCUCGCUCCUACCAUUGGCAUUUCUGUUGACCACCGUCGCAAGAACCGAUCACUUGAGGGUAUGCAGUCUAACGUCCAGAGACUCAAGACCUACAAGGCCAAGCUUGUUAUCUUCCCAAGGCGUGCACGCAAGGUCAAGGCUGGUGAUUCUACUCCUGAGGAGCUUGCCACCGCCACCCAGGUCCAGGGUGAGUACAUGCCCAUCACUCGUGGCGAGAAGCGCUCGAUCGAGGUUGUGAAGGUCACAGAUGAGAUGAAGGCGUUCAAGGCCUAUGGUAAGCUCCGCGUCGAGAGGAUGAACCAGCGCCAGGUCGGUGCACGGAUGAAGAAGGCCGCAGAGGCUGAGAAGGAUGAGAAGAAGUGAUGAGAUGUCUAAGCUUGUUAUCAUCAUCACCAAGUGCUAGUUUCUAAAUUUUUGUUUUGGACUGCUCGGACACCUUGUGUUUGAUACCUGAUAUACUUAUUUGCAUGAUCUGCCAUCCUAUCCUAGUGAGUCAUUGGAUUUAGUCCUUGUGCAUUUCUGAUCAAUUUCUGAAUCUGCAAUGUUAUUCAUGCUUGUCAAGUCAAAACUCAACAUCUGUUUACCUCCACAUGAGAUCUACAAAGAGUAGAAUGUUGAAGCAA